CCUUCCCUUCCCUUCCCUGCCCGCCUCUCUCCGUACCCUAACAACGUCCUCCUUCGCCACCGCCGCCACCACCAAACCGGGGGCUGGGGGUCUUUCGGGCUCCCCCUAGUGCUUCCCCUUGAGGGGCCAGAAGGGCUUCGUGUGGGAGGAGAGAGCAGCGGCUGAGGGGCUUUUUGUAUUAUUAUUUUUUUUGGGGGGGUGUCCUUUGCUGGAGUUUUAGGCGGGGUUUUAAAGUGGCCACAGGUACCGUCCGUCCCGUCCCCCUCUCGCGAAGGUGGCGGGGGGAGGCUCCGGAGUCCCUCAGGAAAAAACUCCUCUGAGUUGCCCAGGGUUGAAGCCAUCUCUUAUCUGCAAUGACAGGCAAAUCGGUCCGGGAUGUGGAUAGAUAUCAGGCUGUCCUUGCCAAUCUGCUGUUGGAAGAGGAGAACAAAUACUGUGCAGACUGUCAGGCCAAAGGGCCAAGGUGGGCCUCAUGGAAUAUUGGUGUUUUCAUCUGCAUCCGUUGUGCCGGAAUCCACAGGAACCUGGGUGUCCACAUAUCCCGGGUAAAAUCCGUCAAUCUGGACCAAUGGACACAAGAGCAAAUACAGUGCAUGCAGGAGAUGGGGAAUGGCAAAGCAAAUCGCCUCUAUGAAGCUUACCUUCCGGAAAACUUCAGACGACCUCAGACGGACCAAGCAGUGGAGGGCUUUAUCAGGGACAAAUACGAAAAGAAGAAAUACAUCGACAGAAGCCUUGACAUCAGCGUGUUGCGGAGAGAAAAGGAUGACAAAUGGAAAAAAGAGACAGCCUCAGGGAAAAAGCUGGAGCCAAUUAUCUUUGAGAAAGUGAAAAUGCCUCAGAAGAAAGACGACUCUCAUGCCAGGAAAAGUCCUUCCAGAUCUUCUGAGCCCGUCAUGGACUUGCUGGGACUUGAUGUUCCUGUUUCAACAACCCUCCCCAAUGGCAGAUCAAGUAGCUGUUUAGAGAAGGACUUGGACCUGUUUGCCUCCAUGACCUCUGAGAGGAAGGUUGUUGGCUCUAUGCCCACAGCUGGGAGUGCUGGUUCUGUUCCUGAAAACCUGAACCUUUUCCCAGAGCCAGGAAGCAAGUCAGAAGAGAUGGGGAAGAAGCAGCUCUCAAAGGAUUCUAUCCUCUCCUUAUAUGGCUCCCAGACCCCACAAAUACCUGCACAAGGAGCUGUGUUCAUCACUCCAGCCCAAAUGGGUUACCCUGCAGCAUACCCCAGUUUUCCAGGCAUGCCACCCCCUAGCAGCAUGAUGGGUGGCAUGAUGGCACCACCAGUUGGGAUGAUGGCACAGCAGGGAGCAGCUGGCAUGGUGGCACCUAUGGCGAUCCCAGCGGGAUAUGUAGGCGGCAUGCAGACAGCAGUCAUCGGCGUCCCCAAUGGGAUGAUGCCAGCACAGCAGGCUGGGUACGUGGCUGGCAUGGCACCUGUCCCACCCCCCGUGUAUGGGGUGCAACCAGCACAGCAGUUACAGUGGAAUAUUGCCCAGAUGACGCAGCAGAUGGCUGGGAUGAACUUCUACGGCACAAAUGGGAUGGUGGGAUAUGGACAGUCUAUGGGCAGAGGAGGGGCCCAAGGAACCAAUCAAACCCUCAGUUCCCAGGUGUGGAAAUAAUACACCAGGAUUUUGGACCUUU